AUCCAUAGAUUUAUAUUAAAAAUUAUAUUUAUUUAUUAGUCUAUGCUUCAAUCUAAGGAAAAAAAUGGCGUUUUGUUGUGCUAUUUCCAACGAGGUUCCUGACCACCCUGUGGUAUCGCCGUCCUCGGGUGCAGUGUUCGAGAAGCGUAUUAUUGAGAAAUAUAUUCAAGAAAAUGGUGUGGAUCCUAUAAGUGGUAAAGAAAUCACUGUGGACGAAUUGAUUGAAAUCAAAACACCGUCAAUUGUUAAGCCAAAACCCCCAAGUGCCACUAGUAUACCUGCUACGCUCAAAUUAUUACAAGAUGAAUGGGAUGCUGUUAUGCUUUACAGUUUCACACAGCGACAGCAAUUACAAACAGCUAGACAAGAACUCAGUCACGCCUUAUAUCAACAUGAUUCAGCUUGCAGGGUUGUUUCCAGAUUGAAUAAGGAAGUUACUGCUGCACGUGAAGCAUUGGCUACAUUGAAACCUCAAGCUGGCAUAACUACAGUACCCCAACCGGCCCUUGCUGCUGAAGCAGCCGGUGUUGCUAAUCAACCAACAGAGCAAGCUGGAAUGAGCGAAGAUAUUAUCAAGAAACUACAAGAUAAGGCUACAGUCUUAACCCAAGAAAGAAAGAAGAGAGGCAGAACAGUCCCCGAGGAACUGUCAACCCAAGAGCAAAUAAGAUCUUUCAGAACAUUAGCAUCACAUCCAGGAUUACAUUCUGCUAGUGUUCCUGGUAUUUUGGCUCUUGAUAUUCAUAGUCAGGAUACAAGUAAAAUUUUAACUGGUGGAAAUGAUAGGAACGCAACAGUAUUCAAUAAAGAUACUGAGCAAGUAAUUGCAAUUCUUAAAGGACAUACUAAGAAAGUCACAAAUGUUAUUUAUCAUCCUGAUGAAGACUUAGUCAUAACAGCUUCUCCUGAUGCAACAAUACGUAUAUGGAAUGUCCCCACAAGCCAAACUACUCUAUUGCUCAAAGUUCACGAUGGCCCUGUUACUGGUCUUUCUCUCCAUCCCGCUGGAGAUUAUAUUAUAUCUACUUCCGAAGAUCAAACAUGGGCAUUCUCAGAUAUAAGGUCAGGUCGUCUACUCACCAGGGUUCAAGAUGAAAAUAAUAUAGCUUUGACUACUGCCCAGCUACAUCCCGAUGGUCUCAUCUUUGGAACAGGAGGAAUAGAUUCAAUUGUUAAAAUUUGGGAUUUGAAAGGACAGAAUAAUGUUGCCCAAUUCACAGGACAUUUGGGAGCUAUAACCACGAUGGCUUUCUCAGAAAACGGUUACUAUUUGGCUACAGCUGCUGAUGAUGCUAGCAUCAAAUUAUGGGAUUUGAGAAAACUGAAGAACUUCAAGAGUAUUCAGUUAGAAGAAGGAUACCAAAUCAAAGAUUUAUGUUUUGACCAGAGCGGUACAUACUUAGCUGCUGCAGGCACAGAUGUGAGGAUCUUCUUAAGCAAGCAAUGGCAAGAGCUCAAAGUGUUCAAUGAUCAUACAGCUGCUGCGACAGGUGUGAGAUUCGGCAAACAUGCCAGAUUCCUGGCAUCAACUUCUAUGGACAGGACAUUGAAAUUGUAUGGAUUAGAAUAAAAGACUUACAGUUUCUAAACUUUUAAAAUGACUUGACAUUCAAUCAUGAAUUGGAUUUAUUCCUUAUUUAAAAAAAAUAUAAUAAUUAGUUAAAUAA